UGUGUCAUUUCCGCGGCGCGGCAGGACACACGUUCCGUAGUCGUGAGGACCGGAAUGGCGCCGGCUUCCGGUCCUGGACGAGGGAAGUGACGCAGGCGGCGCGUCGCGGGGCGGAGGUCGCGAUGAGCCGCGUCCUUUGUGCGCCGGCCGUAGGGGCUGUGCGGGCGCUCAGGCUCGCGGUCUGGGCUUCGCGGCGUCAACACCCGCCGCCGGCUGGCCGGGCUCGGGCUCAGCGCGCGGACGAGGAGGAGGAGGACCCCGACCGCCCCCUUCGGUUUUCCUCCAGCAAAGCCAACCCGUCCCGCUGGACUGUGGAGCAGUCCCUGGGGAAGGAGCAGCAGCGGCCCUGGUGGAAGGUGCUGCCCCUCAGCCUCUCCCUCAUGGCUGUGGUCAUCUGGUGCUUCCUGAGGCAGGAGAGCGGCGCGGACCAGUGGUUGAGACGCGUGCUGGAAGAAGAGCCCACCGACGCCCCCGAGGAGCCCGGGGCGCGGGCCGCCUACGGGGCGAGAACCUCGGGUGCCGGCUGGGGGUAGCUGGACGAGGGCGCGCAGCCUCCCUCGGGCGCCAGGUGCCUGGGAGCAGCUUUCGGUCCCGGUGUGCGUGCGACUCCGGCCCCGAGGGACUCUGUGGCGCUCUUGGUGCUGACACGCGUGCAGGCAGCGGAAGGUCAGCAGGAACCUGCUUCUUGUCCAACACCGACGCCCGGCGAUGGCAUCCAAAAGACUUCAGACCCAUGGGGAAGGUGUUGGCUGCACUGCGUGCCCUGGAUUUGUGAUGUCUGUGUACAGUCUAAUCACGUUUCAGAAGCAGUUCUGGCGGGUACUUGUAAUCCAGUGUUAUUUUGCAGAUCAUUUGCUUUCUGAAACAAAAACUAACGACACAAGUGUCAGAAUGUGCUGUGCUGUGUGUAAAUAACAUGUUGAUGUUAGUUCUACAUAUUAACAAAUUGAAAAUACAUUUUAAUACAAUAACACUCAGGUGAUUUGGGUGGUUUUU